UUGAAAAGAAAAUAACAAUCGAUAACCGAAUUCGUUUUUGCUUUUUUGACAAGCAAUAGUUUUCUGUCAUUGCUAAACACUAAAUAGAAAAGUUGGGAAAACGUGCGAAAGAUGAGUGGUCGUGAGGGCGGUAAAAAGAAGCCACUGAAGGCUCCCAAGAAGGAAGGCAAGGAUCUCGACGAAGAAGAUUUGGCAUUCAAGCAGAAGCAAAAGGAACAACAAAAGGCACUCGAUGCCGCCAAACAGCAGGCAGCCAAGAAGGGACCCCUUGUGGGCGGUGGCAUUAAGAAGUCGGGCAAGAAGUGAUGAGGAUGAUUGCAGCGCAUAAACAUUUACUACCACUUCUGUUGAAGGAAUUCGUUUGUCAACACACACACACACAUAUACAUACACGUUAACACGAUGCGAAUUGCGUUUGCUGAAAAAUUCUGUUGUCAAAUGAAGGUUGACCAAAAUUGAACGUUUAAACAAAAAAUAUCACUUUUUAUACUUACGAUUUAACACAAAUAGCGCAUUAAAUCUUGUAAUAAAAA